AUGGCUAUUGGAACUAUGGCAGCCGUAUUAAGAAGCUUUAUACCUGAGUACCAGAGGCUUGAAGGCAAAGGUCAGGAGGAUGGCCUACCUGUGAAUGUCCAAAGGGUGCAAGGCAGCAGGCAGCAGCCAGGAAAGACUGAAGAAAAGUCUCCAGCAAGCAGUGAUGUUCAUCAGCGCAAAGAGUUAUGUCAUUGGCCCUGUAGAUGCCAGCGUGUACCAACCUGCACUCCUGGGGUGAGCCUGGUGAAAGAUGGAUGUGGAUGCUGCAAGAUGUGUGCCAAGCAGUCUGGGGAGAUCUGUAAUGAAGCAGAAGUCUGUGACCCUCACAAGGGGCUAUACUGCGACUACUCUGCAGAUAAGCCUAGGUAUGAAACAGGAGUGUGUACAUAUAUGAUAGCAGUAGGCUGUGAGCUCAAUGGUGUACACUAUAUCAAUGGUCAAACCUUCCAGCCUACUCCUCUGUAUAAGUGUUUGUGCGUGAAUGGCGCAAUUGGAUGUACACCUGUAUUUAUCUCAAAGUCAGCACCUAAUGAAUGUGCCACACUCAAGAGCAGAAAGCAAUCUGGACACUCCAAAUGCGUCUCAGGACGGCAGAAAGAACAAUCAACAGGUUACAGGUUGAUGCCAGCUUUCAGAAGCGCACCACUUGCUUUGAAGAAGAAAUGCUGGAUACAGGCAACUCCAUGGACCCCUUGCUCCCGCACCUGCGGUAUAGGUAUAUCUGAUAGAGUGUCCAAUGAAAACAGUAAAUGUGAAAUGAGGAAGGAAAAGAGACUGUGCUAUAUUCAACCAUGCCAAGCAAAAUUUCCCAAGAUGCUAAAGAUACCUAAAGGAAAAAUAUGUCAGCCUACAUUUCAGCUCCGCAAAGCAGAGAAACUAGCCUUUUCUGGAUGCACAAGUAGACAAAGAUACAAACCUACCUUUUGUGGAAUCUGUCUGGACAAGAAAUGUUGUAUACCCAACAAGUCUAUAAUGAUUACAGUAGAGUUUGACUGCCCUAAGGAAGGGUCCUUUAAGUGGAAGAUGAUGUGGAUUACAUCUUGUCUUUGUCAGAAGACAUGUAAUGACCCAGGAGACAUAUUUUCUGAACUCAAGCUUUUAUAGAUAUAGCUAAGUGGCAUUAAGGAAGGGAAGGUGUUUAUGUGUCUCUGCCUACCUGAAAAAUUUCUUCAUACAGCACCGUUGGUAGUAUUAGCAGGUAGAUGUGGCUGAAACUGCAGGUGUUUAAUGAACCUGCAGAAUAGCUCAUUCAUGCAAGACAGAGAUUACUCACUUCAGAACAUACAGGUGAAACUCGAAAAAU